CAGGCCGGCGCCCGCCGGGGCAGCGGGAGCUCGGCGCCACCCUUCCGCGGUUUGAGGUGCCCGCAGGGUGCCGGAGGCGGCGCCGGGAUCCGCCGCCGCAGGGUUUUCCCAGCAAAAAAACAGAGAAGAUGUUUGAUGUUAAGGCUUGGGCGGAAUACAUCGUGGAGUGGGCUGCAAAGGACCCCUACGGCUUCCUUACUACGGUGAUCUUGGCCCUUACACCAUUGUUCGUAAUUAGUGCAGCGCUUUCAUGGAAACUUGCAAAAAUGAUCGAGGCCAGGGAGCGAGAGCAAAAGAAGAAACAGAAGCGCCAAGAGAAUAUCGCAAAAGCCAAACGAACGAAGAAGUAUUAAAUGCGGGGAAAAAAAAGGCCUUUUCUAAUCAAACACUUGUACAUUUUGUUGUAACUAUCCUUUGAUACUUGAUCCUGUAAUUUCUUGAAGUAUGACAUUUAAUCCCGUCAGCAUUUUUUUUCUGCUGAGAUGAUUUGUGUGAAAGUUUGUCCAAGUGACACUUGUUGCAAUCUUUUAAUCUGCUACUUGUGUUCUAGUGCAGGUUGCCUUUCUAAAUUUGCAUGUUAAAUUAAAAAAUCUGUUGGGUGGCUCUGGAGGUAGAUUUUUUUUUUCCCCCCUUAGUUAUGACUUAACAAGUGUCUUAAAAUUGUCAAAUCAGGGGGAAAAUGUGAGUGGUAAACUGGAUUAUAGAAAGGCAAGUUUUGGUAUACUUUGGUAUACUUUCAGCAGAGCUGCAGAGAUCAUCUAGCUUCACAGCGAGAUAGCAUACCUUUAAGGAUGCUGCAUAUGGCCCUGUGGGUCUUGAGCUGCGUGCCCAGAAGAGCUGCUGAGUUGUCUUUGGUGGUGGGUCUUGUCUGCAACAAGAACCUAACUUAGCUUUUCCCGUUUCCUGACCUACCAACCAUCAACAGUCUGUAAAUUCAGCCCAAACUCUAGGAAACUGAUUGCUUGUUCUUAUGACCUUCGUCUGUCUUAAGCCACUCAUGUUCUACAAAACACACUACUAUGUUGUUUGGCUCUCCCUAAUGAUGCAUGUCACCUGCAGCUAAUUUGUUUCUGCCUUCAGAAACUUUAUGCCUCAAAGCAUAGCCAUAGAUGGGGUGAGACCAAAGACCCCUGUGGCCUGGUGCACUGUGUCCUAGUGACCUGUAGCAGGUGGCGGUGGGAGAGUACAGGAGGAUGUACCGCUGGUGCCAGUACUUCUCCUGCUUGCUAACCUUCUGGCUACCUUUGACUUAAGGACCUUCUGAUCUUUGGGAUCUUUGUUCUCAUGGCCUGUGAAACUGCUGCCUUCCAGGCUGCAAAAUGCUGGCAUACUGGAAAAAGUCCAAGUGAGGUUUGUGUUGUAAAUAUGCCAAUAUUACUUAGUGUUAAUUCCAAUUUAUGUUUUUCUAACAGAAGUAAUUUUUCAAAGCCUAAUUUCUAUUAAUAGUCUAGUUCUACAGAGCUUGUGGCAGUCGUCAGGCUAGACAUGGCAUAUUUCUGAACAGCAGCACAGGGCUGUGCUUUCUAGCAAGUAGUCCUUCAUUAUGUUUAAAAAUAAAACCUUAAAAUCAUACCGUUGUUCAAAUGAGGAGACCUGUAGAGCUGGCUGACACAAAGGGGGAUUAGAACUGGGGAGCCCAACUGGAAGGACUUAAAGCUAAUGUGAAGUAUUGUUGAUCCUCUUUCAGUUUUGUUGGUCAAAGCAAGCAUUGUUAGCAAUGACACCUUGGCAUUUCAUAAAUACAUGGGAUUGUCUCCACUGUUUUCUCUGUGUUGUCACAUUUGUAUGCGUUCCACCUUUGAUACCUAUACAGCCUGAAACACAGAGCAGAACUGAUGAAGGAUGCACUGCAUAAAUAAAUUUGAUACUUUUUUCCAAAAAAUUUUGUGGUCUUUAUUUUGACUUGAAGUUCUCAAACAUCAUCUCUAAGUAAAUCAUCUGCACAUUUUAUAUAUCUAAGCUAUGGCCAAAUGGAUCUGAUCAUUUAGGGAAGCUCCUGCAUACACCAGAAAUAAAAAUGUCUCAGACCCUGUGUUAUUUUCCAGCAGCUUUACCAAGUGCUUCUAACCUCUAUUACAGUAGUUACAUGUAGUUUAGCUCAUCCUGAUUUUAUCCUGUGCUUACUGCUGGCUGCAAAUCAAACAUCAUGCAAGUAUGUUGGUUGUUUUAAGUUAGGGGAAUGUCUCUCAGAUUAAUACAGCGUGUAGUGUCAUAGUGAUUCCUGUUAAAUCAACUUUUCCAUCCACUUGCCAGAGGAAAGCACAAUGGCACUGCCAAGGGAAUUAAUAAGCAUUCUGAAGAACUAUCUUAAAUUGAUGCCUAGGUUUGGGAAAAUUUAAGUGUACUGAUUAACAUUUAUUA